CACUCCAUAUUGAUUUUUAUUUCUUUGCUUCUCGUUCUUAAUUUGAUCACCUCUUUCAUCUUCUCCAAGACACUAGAACAAUAUGGUUUAUACAGGGAUAGCUAGAACUAUUAUAGGGAUAAUUGGGAAUGUUACCUCCUUCUUCUUGUUUCUCUCCCCAGUCCCGACAUUUAUUAAGAUACAUAAACUUGGGUCAGUGGAGGAGUUCAAGCCUGAUCCUUAUGUAGCAGCAGUUCUCAGUUGCAUGAUGUGGGUCUUCUAUGGCCUCCCCAUAGUCCAUCCUGACAGCAUACUGGUAGUCACAAUCAGCAUUAUUGGACUCGCCAUUGAGCUCUCCUAUGUUACUCUAUUCAUCAUUUACUCUCCAUGGGCAAAGCGUAGGAGGAUCCUUUUGUACCUAGUGAUUGAAGUAAUCUUCAUGGCUAUCAUAGUUUUCAUCACACUGCAAUUCCUCCACACCACCAAAGCUAGGUCUAUGAUUGUGGGAAUUUUGUGUAUCUUCUUCAGUAUAGCCAUGUACGCUUCCCCGUUGACAGUCAUGAAAAUGGUGAUCAAGACGAAGAGUGUUAAGUACAUGCCAUUCUAUCUUUCUCUUGCUAACUUGCUCAAUGGCAUUAUUUGGGCUAUUUAUGCAAUCCUCAAAUUUGAUCCUUAUGUCUUGAUUCCAAAUGGGUUGGGAGCCCUGUCCGGCAUGGCGCAGAUCAUUCUCUAUGCUACCUACUACAAGACAACCCAGUGGCAUGAAAAUGAGGAGGAAAGACCUAAACCUGAUGUUCAACUAUCCAACAAUGUCUGAUCACCCCAUCAAAAUUCUUGUUCUGGUCUUGUGUUGGUUGCAAAUAAAGCUAGCAUCACAUUUGUUGGCUUUGUUUCCUCACUUCACAUCUGCUUGGUUGGAUGCCUACUACAUUUUUGUACCCAAUAUUAUGCCUCUUUGAGCACCCAACAAAGCUCCUUGUACAAAACCUUGAUAUCUGUUAAUAACACACAUGAUUGUUU